AUGUGGAGGAGAAUCGAUCACCAACCCAAGAUCAAGGCCAGGGACGGGCCGCAGGCCAGCCAGUUCAGGGACCCGAGCUUGGCCCAGGAACCUGCCGCGCCAAUCCCUCUGGAGCUGUCAGAAUUCCAGAGCUCUCCAGUGUUUGAGGACAUUAGCCGUCACAUCAAAGAAAUGGGGGCCCAGCUGGUUAAGAAAGUCAAUGCCAUCUUUCAGCUGGACAUCACCAAAGAUGGGAAGAUGAUCCUGCAGUGGACCGUCGACCUGAAAAACGGCUCUGGGGACAUGUACCCAGGGUCUGCAAAGCUCCCAGCGGACACCGUCUUCACAAUCCCCGAGCCUGUCUUUAUGGAGUUGGUUUUGGGCAAAAUGAACCCGCAGAAGGCGUUCCUUGCCGGCAAGUUCAAAGUGAGUGGCAAAGUUCUGCUAGGACAGAAGCUGGAGAGGGUUUUCAAAGACUGGGCUAAAUUCUAA